UGCAGAUUCGUGUCUUAGAUUGGAAGAUCUUGCUGCCGAUAUGAAAGUCAUGAUUUCUUUCAUUUUCACUUGUUUGAUUGUCGGUUGCUUCACGGUGACUUCGUUGAUGAGCCAAGAUAUACGAGUGCCUGGUAGCUUUGGUUUAGAUUCCAAUGAAGACGAACGCAAUAACGUUUCUGAAGAUAUCGACAUGUCUUACCUUCAAUGCGAUAGUGAGGUCUGUAAGGUAGUAAAAGCUUACAUAAAGGAAUUACCCGGAGCAGGACUUUGGGUUGUUGACAACGAACAGCAGAAACCGCGAUUAAAACGUCGAAUAUUUUUUCCCGACAACCGAUUGAGUGUUCGUGAGAAGAGCGUGAAAAGAUUUCCGUUCAAUAGCACUGUUGCAAUACGUGUAGACGGUGUCGUUACGUGUAGUGGUGUUGCUCUACUCAAAGAUAGAUUCUUUCUAACCGCAGCUCACUGUGUUCAACCUCAUGGCAAGAGAAAAGAAAUCGAGGUCGGCUCUCUACUCUCCUACCAACAAAUGGAAUGGGUCAAAGUUGACAAAAUACGUGUACCGUCUAUCUGGAAGAGAAGGGCUUCCAUCAAAAAGCUCCGUUUUAAAGACUAUGCUGUACUUGAGACCGAGGCACCUCUUCCCGUAACUCCGAUGACCAUUGGUUAUGCGGGCGUCAGUGCUGAUGGCAAUGAAAUGCUACAAGUGAAUCAAACCUAUGUUUACAUCAACGCCUUUGACGACAAAAAGCGCUACGACGAUUUGAAUAUGCGUUUCUGUAAAGUGAGAAGGGUGAAAUCCUUUCAACUUUUUAGCCGCUGUGACACGGUUUCCAAGACUGCGGGCGCUGGUGUAUAUGUACGCAUGCGUAAUAAGGAAAGUGGCAAAGUUGAUCGUAAGGUGAUUGCCAUAGCAACUGGGGAUUUCGGUUUGAAGGAAAACCGAAAGUAUUCGGUGGCUCUGAGAAUCAACUCGAGGAUGUUUCCACAUAUUUGCUAUUUCGUUACGCGUUCCUUCAAUGGCUGCAGUACUUGAUUACUCGACGUGUGUUUAUGUUUUUUAUAGUUAUGCGUGCAACGUAUUUUCUAACUAUAAAAACAUCUGAAGAAUAUAAUUUUAGUUAAUAUUACUUUUCUUUUUCUAGUUGUAGUUGUAUGAAUGAUUAUUUACAGCUAUAGGUCUGUAGCAGCCUGUUAAACAAAAAAUUCUGCUUUAA